AUGAGUUCUAAGGGGGGAGGAAGCACAGCCCUGACCCGACGAAACUACAGACUGGCCUCCGACACAGACAAGCCCAAAGUCACAGGUGAGGAGAGGGGGAGCAGGGAUCAGAGGAGAGGACAGGUUAGAGGGAGGGAGAUGGAGGGAGAGAGAGAUGGGAUGGCCUAAAGUCAAGCCAGGCGAGGAGAGGAAAAAGGAGGGUUAGAGAGGUGGCGAGUAGAGUAAAGGAUGGUAGGGGAGUAGAGGAUGGAGGGAGGGAUAGAUGGUAUCCUGGUCCCAGAUCUGUUUUUGCUGUCAUGCCAACUCCUAUGGUCAUUGUUUCAGGCGUAUAUGACUAUUAGAGUUGACAAGACAGCUGAUCAGAGACUGUUCUGGAACCAGCCUAGUACAGCUCCAUUUUGUUGUCACAUUCUUUCCCCAUUGGACUUGGUCUCUGUCUUUCUCUGGUAUUGUUAGAACACUGAGUGGCACUAUUAUAUGUCAACAUAUUCUGUCUGUUUAUUGUGGUCAGCACCAUUUCAACUGGUCAAAUUCCUGGUACAUGUACAUCUGGUUAUUCUGAUGUCUCUCUCUCUCUCUCUCUCUCUCAGGUAUUGUGAAUGAGAAAUUACUGAGUGACUACCUACACCAUGUAUUUCCUGCCUCUCACCUGCCACGCCCCCCACUGGCUUCCCUCAGGUAUCGGCCUGACUGUCUACAACUCUUCUCUUCUACCAAUGUCUACUACUCUGAGGGAAGGUUUCCCGGACACAGAUCAAGCCUAGUCUUGCACUAAAAAGCUAUUUCAAUGGAGAUUCCCCAAUUGAGCAUACCUUUUUAGUCUAGGAUUAGGCUUAAUCUGUGUCUGGGAAACUGGCCCAUUAUAGUGUGUUUCCUCAUUGGUUGUGAUGCUUGUGCCAUAGAAAUAUAAUCUAUGGAGAUUCUAUUUCUAUGGUGUGUGUGUACUGUGUGGAAAGAAAGACGCUACAUCAACAGAUGCUUUUCAGUGUUUAUUUCUCUGUGGCCUUUAAGAGUUCAGUGAUCCUGCAAUGUCCCUUUUUAAUAACAAACGUAUUACCUUCCUGGUAGCAAUCUCAGGUUGCAUCUCACAUGGCACCCGGCCUAUUCCCUAUGUGGUGCACUCCUUUUGACCGUGGGCCCUAAAGCUCUGGGGCCAUAUCAAACGUCUCAGAGUAAGAGUGCUGCACUAUGAUCAGGUACCCCAGUCCGGAUGUGUAAUAUCAUUAGUUGUGAUCUACAGGGUAUUUCUGGAUCAAAAAAGGGGAUUUAGGUGGUGGGCGUGGCAGGGGGCGUGGCAAUGAGCACGGGUUGGCCUGUCGGCGUGGCAACGAGCACGGUCGCCCUGUCGGCGUGGCAACGAGCACGGUCGCCCUGUCGGCGUGGCUGAAUUGGAGAAUUCGAGGCCCCUAUUUUGGUGGCAUAAAUACAUUUUUGAAUUCUUAAGCCAAUUUCCUGAAAUGUUACACAUUUCUCCAUGGAGCUGAGAGAUAAUGUUGCAGUUUUAAAGCACAUUUUCUGCAAUUCUAUGCAUUUUGCCAUGGCUUUUGCUCAAACAUAAUAACAAAAUCAAUACUGCUAAAUUUGUUUUUGGAAUUUUCAAUUCUCCCUGACUGUCUAGCUUAUAUUUAGGUGAUUUGUUAGUUGUCAAAGAUUAUAUUAUGUAAGAAAAACAUACUUUUUUUUAGUUGUUUAAGUUUACACACUGAAAGCAUUUUUCCAUCCCAUAAAUAUAUAAUAAAAAAAAAAAAAUGGUUUGGAUAAAGGCGACCCGAUAAGCCCCAAGGAUUUCAAUGGCAGAAAAAUCCCUGAUCUAAAAGGCAAAACUGAUCCUAAAUCAGCACAGCUACUCUGAGACACUUGAUACGUACGGCCCCAGGUCACAGCAUAGGGAAUAGGGUGUCAUUUGGGAAGCAACCCCAGUCCUUUUCCAGUUUUGUUUUCUAAGCAACCUAGAUGUGCUAUGUUUAUCUAGUGUUAUGCUUAAGCAACAGUUCAGAUGUUGAAAGUAACAUUGGUGUGUGUGUGUGUGGUAUCAUAGAGGUAUGGAGCAACUGAUCCAUGUCUCCAUUCCAGACCUGGCUUCAAAUAGUAUUCGUUUUCUUUCAAGUCUUUUUUUUUUUAACCGUGCCCAAUUUGAACAUGCCUGGCGCAACGGAGCCAAUGAAAUGGUCCGAACGGCGCGAACCUCGGCUACCUCGACCAUCAGGUUCUCAAGCGAAAGCAAACGCUCCAAGUAAUUUGGGGGGGGGGGGAUGGAUACAGUUUGAACCCAUGUGUCCCCAUUCCCCAGUAGUCCAGGGGGCUCAGGGUCGGGUUUCCCCCCACGGCACGGCUCUAUAGAUAGGGUAUGAAGACAGACCAGGAGGGAAAAUGAGCUGCCUCUAACACUACUAGUUGACAAGGAUUCAUUGGGAUGGCUUUGACAGACGGUGAAAGUGGACAAAAAAAUGUGUUUUACUUGUCCUCUUUUUUUGGAUCUUGUUCUCUGGAUCCCCUUUGCCAGGUCUCCCUCGUACUUCCUGUAUAAAUCAAGGUUAAUUAAAUAAGAACUUCGGCAGCAAAAAAGUUAAUGUCGAUCCACUGAGGCAAGAAGGGGCAAUGUCCGAGUUGAAUUCAAUAAGAUAAAAGCUGUGAAAUGGAGAGUUGUAAUCAAGGGAAGGGAGAGCCAGAGCAUAAUGUUUGGGAAAGAGUUGGUGAAGUGGUAAAAGAGGUUGAUCGCUGUUUUUAUGUGUGAUUUAUUGUGAGGCACAAGACGGGGACUUCACUCACAUUUACAUUUUAGUCAUUUAGCAGACGCUCUUAUCCAGAGCGACUUACAGGGGCAAUUAGGGUUAAGUGCCUUGCUCAAGGGCACAUCGGCAGAUUUUUCACCUAGUCGGCUCGGGGAUUAGAACCAGCGACCUUUCGAUUUACUGGCACAACGCUCUUAAACCACUAAGCUACCUGCCGCCACUUGACGUGCCAUAUUUGAACUCUAAGCCUACUGUUCAGAUGGUUAAAUGGAAUAGUAGACUUAACUGAAAUCUGGACGCUGACUGUAGGUCUAUAACCUCUCAUGUAGCCAUAAUAUGAUAUGAACUCCUGCAGAAUUAAGCGUUUAUUGCUGUAAAAUGAUACACCAAAUGAAAUUAUUUCAGCGUCUUGAGAGAACGAAUGUGCGUUUAGGGGCUGUUUUUAAUGGUGCAUAUUUAUCAGCAUCAUAAAAGCGGAUUUUGUUUUUUCAACCAUAUAAAAUAUGCAUCCAGAAACAUGUUGGGUCAAUUUUCACUGCUUUUAAUUUCCUUAAAACUGGUCAAACUGAUGUCAUUUGGAAAUUUAGCCCGGAAGAUCCUUCCUAUUUUGUUGUUAUUGCAUUUCUAAACGUCUGCUGCACGAGAGAAGCCAGAGAACAGAGAACUUUACUGACGUCAACUAGACUGAAGCAUUCAUCGAUUUUAUGACAUUAUUCUGGUUUAUUUAGUCUUAUAAGGCUGUGUAAUGACAGAAGAGAAGCUGCAUGUGUCUAAUUUAUAGACAAGUUGAGUAACAUAUAAGUAGAAACAUAGCCUAUCUAAAUUAGGCUUUAAAAAAAAAAAUAUACCGCAACCCCGUCUCUGACCAUACAGCACAUUUUUCUAUCGGCCUAUUUGCGGGUUCCGGUCGGGUGCAGUCCUCACUUUAUUACAUAGAUCUGUAUUUGUGCGGUUGCGGAUGGGUUAUUAGCAAUUGCGGGCGGGUGACGGUUGAUCAAACGGCUGACCCACGCAUCACUAGUCACCACCAAUGACUGCGCUUACUACUUUUUUUUAUAGUGUUCUAAAUUAGGUGGGACAGAAAACAACAUUUUCUCAGCUCACGUAAUAAUUAACCGGUGAAAAUAUUUGCCUGCAGAAACACAAGCUAUGUGGGCCCUACCUUUUUAUAAUCACUAUUUACUCUAAAGGUGUUUUUAGUGGGUAAAUUAUGGUGGUAUCAUCAAUCCCUUGACUAGUUCAAUCAGGUGUGUCAGUUCAGGGCUACAAUAACACUGAAACGUCUGGGGGGGGUGGGGGGGUCUCUGAGGAAAGGUUUGAGUAACAUUUUUAGGGAACGACAUAAAAUAAGUACUUUGACAAAAAACUAUUGUAACCGAAUCGUGUCAGCAAUGCACUUUUGAAGGGAUCUAAGCUGUCUUCCGGGAACCUUCUUUUUACAAAUAUAAAUAAGUACAUUCAACUUUAGGAAGAUGAAACGACCACAAACCACUAUCAGGCCAAGGAGGAAAUGUGUGGUGAAUGUUGUCUGAUGGUUGUUUUUUUUCGUCCUUAGGAAACCUCUGGGCUUCCAGGACCUGGGAGCUCAUCUGGAGAGGCUAUUAACGGAGGGAGAGCCUACUGAGGACACCAGAGGUGUGUAAACACACACACACACAUUCUACUGAGGACACCAGACCCACAUGUUCAUAAAGCUAUCCGUUUGUGGUGAUGGAGUAAAUACUUUUUUGUCCUCUCCACCCCAGCCGGUGGCAUUUAUUUAUGAAGUCAUUGGAUUGCAAUUAACCGUCCAUGAAGAGCUGUGCCGGCUAUCUACUGAUGAAAUAGCCAUAGGGAUCCACAGCAACUUCUUUUUAACAAUCUCAAUACUGGAAACGACAUCCUCUGUGUACUGCCUUGUUAGGUGUGAUAUGAAACUUAACUUACUGUGAAACUACAGAUUAAACCUCAAAAGAUACGAACGGAAGAGUUACGGACUGACCGGUCAACCGAACAGGCAAUAAAUCUACUGGAUUUAUAUGUAUGGGUCUCUCUUUCACCACACCAAACUGAAACGAGUCUCUCCUCCUCUCCAGAUCAGCCAGUGGACGGUUGUCUAGGUCCCUUGACCGUGGUCCUGGAUCACACCAGUGGCUUCGAAGGCCUCCUGUUUGUAGACGAUGACCUUCUGGGGGUGAGAACCAUAGCCUUGGGGUUGGGCUCAAGUUGGUAGAGCAUGGCGCUUGCAACGGCAGGGUUUUGGGUUCGAUUCCCAAGGGGGGGGACCAGUACAAAAAAGUAUGAAAAUGUGUGCACUCUCUGGAUAAGAGCCGCUGCUAAGUGACUAAAUUCUAGAAUUAGAAUGUGUCUUAAGAAUCCACUCUGAGUGAUCUAGAAUCAGUUCUAGGGUGUACCUAAACAUCUGUUUCUGAUUGGUCGUUUUCCUCCAUAUGUUGUAGAAUUAGAAUCUGUCUUAAGAAUCCACUCUGAGUGAUCUAGAAUCAGUUCUAGGGUGUACCUAAACAUCUGUUUCUGAUUGGUCGUUUUCCUCCAUAUGUUGUCACUUGUACUGUGUGAUCAUUGUUUUCUUUCCAGGUCAUAGGUCAUAGUAAUUUCAGUUCCAUUAGAGCUACUACCUGUGUAUACAGAGGUAAGUACUUCAACAGCAAGACAAUACUACACUAUCAUUCUUUUUACUUGAUAUACAGGUCUUACUCAUUUUUUAAAAAAUCGGACCAAUCGCAUGAUGGUACAGAAGCAUGUCUUAACGUUGAUUACUGUGCCAUGUAUUCCAGGGAAAUGGGCGUACGAGGUGCUGAUCUCGUCACAGGGCCUGAUGCAGAUAGGAUGGUGCACUGUGAACUGCAGGUUCAACCAGGAGGUAAGAUCAUUCUUAUAACCAGAACAGAACCAUAUAUUGAGUGUCUGAUAGGAUGGUACACUGUGAACUGCAGGUUCAACCAGGAGGUAAGAUCAUUCUUAUAACCAGAACAGAACCAUAUAUUGAGUGUCUGAUAGGAUGGUGCACUGUGAACUGCAGGUUCAACCAGGAGGUACAGCAGGUUCAACCAAGAGGUACAGCAGGUUCACUGUGGUUCUGUCAGAAAUGGCACCCUAUCCUGUCCCUUAUAUCAGGGCUGACUUGGGGCGGCAGGUAGCAUAGUGGUUUAAGACCGUUGUGCCAGUAACCGAAAGGUCGCUGGUUCUAAUCCCCGAGCCGACUAGGUGAAAAAUCUGUCGAUGUGCCCUUGAGCAAGGCACUUAACCCUAAUUGCUCCUGUAAGUCGCUCUGGAUAAGAGCGUCUGCUAAAUGACUAAAAUGUAAAUGUAGAAGUUGUGCACUAUAUAGGGAAUAGGGUGCCAUUACUGAUGCAUCCCGGAACAACCAACCAUCAGGACGGGGCCAGGAGGUUUACCUGACCAUGUGACCUGACCAGGAACUACUCAGGGCCCUAGUUGAAGAAGAGAUGGUCUAGUAUUGUGAUUAUUAUUUGACCUUGCUGGUCAUCUAUGAACGUUUGAACAUCUUGAAGAAUAAUCUGGCCUUAAUGGCCAUGCACUUUUAUAGUCUCCACCCGGCACAGCCAGAAGAGGACUGGCCACCCCUCAGAGCCUGGUUCCUCUCUAGGUUUCUUCCUAGGUUCCUGCCUUUCUAGGGAGUUUUUCCUAGCCACCGUGGUUCUAAAUCUGCAUUGCUUGCUGUUUGGGGUUUUAGGCUGGGUUUCUGUAUAAUCAUUUUUUGACAUCUGCUGAUGUAAAAGGGCUUUAUAAAUAAAUGUGAUUGAUAUUGUCGCCCCUAUACAGGCGUAUAGCCUGUCUGUGUUUCUCUCCACUCUCCUCUGUCUAAAGACAUUUGGACCAUCAGAUGAAAUUAUCAGGGUAAACUCUGGGCCCUAGCUGUUGCCUUAGAUCUCCUGGGCCCUAGCUGUUGCCUUAGAUCUAAGGGCCCUAGCUGUUGUCUUAGAACUAAGGGCCCUAGCUGUUGUCUUAGAUCUCCUGGGCCCUAGCUGUUGUCUUAGAUCUCCUGGGCCCUAGCUGUUGCCUUAGAUCUAAGGGCCCUAGCUGUUGUCUUAGAUCUCCUGGGCCCUAGCUGUUGUCUUAGAUCUCCUGGGCCCUAGCUGUUGCCUUAGAACUAAGGGCCCUAGCUGUUGCCUUAGAUCUCCUGGGCCGUAUGAAGAUCAACAGUGGUCCUCUGUAGCUCAAUUGGUAGAGCAUGGCGCUUGUAACGCCAGGGUUGUGGGUUCGCUCCCCGGGACCACCCAUACGUAAAAAUUUAUGCACACAUGACUGUAAGUCGCUUUGGAUAAAAGCAUCUGCUAAAUGGCUUAUUGUUAUUAUUAUUAUUAUUAUACUAACAUGGUCAGGGAAAAACUCCUGGGCCCUAUGAGGGUGAACCUGUACCAACUUAUUCUGUAAUUUAUUAGGGGGUCAUACAUGCUCAUUACGAGUUUUAAGUCUAUAACUGCCUCAUAAUGCAUUAUAUCUGCAGGGCUUUAGGUAUAGUGUUACUGUAAGGUACACUGAACAAAAAUAUAAACGCAACAUGCAACAAUUUCAAAGAUUUUAGUGAGCUAGUUCAUAUAAGGAAAUCAGUCAAUUGAAAUAAAUUCCUUACGCCCUAAUCUAUGGGUUUCACAUGACUGGAAAUACAGAUAUUCAUCUGUUGGUCACUCCAGAGCAUCCCAAACAUGCUCAAUAGUAGACAUGUCUGGUGAGUAUGCAGGCCAUAGAAGAACUGGGACAUUUUCAGCUUCCAGGAAUUGUGUACAGAUCCUUGCGACAUGGGGCUGUGCAUUAUCAUGCUGAAACAUGAGGUGAUGGCGGCGGAUGAUUGGCACGACAAUGGGCCUCAGGAUCUCGUCAUGGUAUCUCUGUGCAUUCAAAUUGCCAUCGAUAAAAUGCAAUUGUGUUCGUUGUCCGUAGCUUAUGCCUGCCCAUACCAUAACCCCACCAUGGGGCACUCUGUUCACAACGCUGACAUCAGCAAUCUGCUCGCCCACAUGACGCCAUAUGCCCGGUACAGUUGAAACCGGGAUUCAGCCGUGAAGAGCACACUUCUCUAGCAUGGCAGUGGCCAUCGAAGGUGAGCAUUUGCCCACUGAAGUCGGUUACUGCGCCAAACUGCAGUCAGGUCAAGACCCUGGUGAGGAUGACGAGCACGCAGAUGAGCUUCCCUGAGAUGGUUUCUGACAGUUUGUGCAGAAAUUCUUCAGUUGUGCUAACCCACAGUUUCAUCAGCUGUCAGGGUGGCUGGUCUCAGAAGAUCCUGCUGGUGAAAAAGCCGGAUGUGGAGGUCCUGGGCUGGCAUGGUUACAUAUUUCUUAACUUUUAGAUUUGUGUAUUGCUGUGAAUCCUGCAGGAUGUGGGCUGGCGUGGUUACAUGUGGUCUGCGGUUGUGAGGCUGGUUAGACGUACUGCCAAAUUCUCUAAAACGAAGUUGGAGGUGGCUUAUGGUAGAGAAAUUAACAUUCAAUUCUCUGGCAACAGCUCUGGUGGACAUUCCUGCAGUCAGCAAUGCAAUUGCACGCUCCCUCAACUUGAGACAUCUGUGGCAUUGUGUGGUGUGACAAAACUGCACAUUUUAUAGUGCCCUUUUAUUGUCCCCCAGCACAAGGUGCACCUGUGUAAUGAUCAUACUCUUUAAUCAGCUUCUCGAUAUGCCAGACCUGUCAGGUGGAUGGAUUAUCUUGGCAAAGGAGAAAUGCUCACUAACAGGGAUGCAAACAAAUUUGUGCACAACAUUUGAGAGAAAUAAGCUUUUUGUGCAUAUGGAACAUUUCUGGGAUCUUUUUAUUUCAGCUCAAUGAAACAUUGGGACCAACACUUUACAUGUUACGUUUUUUGUAUUGUUGUUCAGCUUAUGUUUUCUCUUUCAUCAGGAGGGUGUGUAUAGCACAGGUGGUUGGUGGCACCUUUAAUUGAGGAGGGCUGGCUUGUGGUAAUGGCUGGAGUGGAAUGGUGUCAAGUACAUCAAACGUGUCUUAUGCCAUUCCAUUCGCUCUGUUCCCCGUUCCGUUAUUAUGAGCCUCCACUGGUGUAUAGUGGGACUGUAAUGGAUGUUUUCUCUAUGAUCAGGAAGGCGUGGGCGACACUCCAGACUCGUACGCUUACGAUGGAAACAGAGUCAGGAAGUGGAACGUAACAACCACUAACUAUGGCAAGGUGAGAAGAUCACAGUGGUCGAUCGAGAGCAAGGUUUUGUUAUGGUGUCGCGUGCUAGCUAACGUGAUGUCCUGACAUGUUGUUUCUUGUUUGUAGUCAUGGGCGGCUGGAGACAUAGUGAGCUGUUUGAUAGACCUUGACGAGGGAACCAUCACAUUCUGCCUGUAAGUCAUCACUGUUUUCUAAUCACAAUAUAUACGUGUCGAUUGUGAAAAUGACUUUAUUUAUUUUCAGCUUGUUUACCAUAUUCUCUCAUGUUGUGAUAUUUUAACGUUCAUUUGUGGUGAUAUUAAAGUAGCUUUAAUCUCUUGGAUUCCCUUCCCUCUCCCAGGAAUGGGCAGUCACUGGGCACAGCGUUCAGCAACAUUAAGAUGGGUCCAGGAAUAGCCUAUUUCCCUGCUAUUAGCCUGUCCUUUAAAGAGUCGGUGGCGUUCAACUUCGGCAGUCGCCCCCUCAGAUACCCCGUAGAGGGCUACCUGCCCCUCCAGAACCCGCCAACUGCAGACAUCCUCAGGGCUCACAAAUUGCUAGGUUAUAUCAAGACGGUCCUGUCCACCACCAUAGACACACAG